GUCAAGACUUUUUACCUCGUUACGAGAUGAUUUUGUUUGGUUGGAGUCAGCUACAAAUAUGCUCUUGUUACUAUGGUAAACAGUGAACCGUUUUAUCAAACAAAUAUUUUCAGAAAAAGACGUGCGAUGGACCCAGCUAAAGUUAUUGGAAAACUAAGGGAACAAGUAGGCAUGGAGCACAAGUCGCGCCGUAGCUUUCCAAAAGUAUGGACCCAAAUUUCAGACAAGCAAACUAACAAGUUCUACCACCAAAAUGAAAUUGAUUCUCAAUUAAUGGAACAGCUAAAACUCCAAGACCUAUGUCCAAUUUUGCACAACAACCAGGGCGAAUCUAGUUUUGUGUCUCCGGAGAUGUAUAAAAACUUAUUGGCUGUCUGUCGCUGUCGUCGGUCUCGUCGAGGCCAACAUAUGGGCAAAUGCUUACAAAGAACAUUGAGUCCAGAUUAUCAGCCAUCCAUGAUUCCGAAAAACCCGAACAGGAGAGGUACUAUUGAAGUUAAUAAUGUUUCUGGGCCAAUGAGUGUGCCUCGUACUUCAAACUCUUGCAUUGGUUUUGUAGGAAUCUCGGAAAUAUACCUAAAGCUCGAGCGUUCUAUGCAAUAUGCUUCGCCUGCCCACUCAAUGCCGGGGCCUCGAGUAACAGCAGUCCCAUACAGUAAUAUUAUCAUUGGCUAAGAUGUGCUUUAAUUGCACACUAGACUGUUGGGUUAAACCAGAUCAACUAGAUUUGAUGAUUCAAAUCGGGGAUUUCUGAUGGUCCCACCCUAGCUUAUCAGAGUCAAUAAUAAACUUAAAACUGAUUGCUGUCAUUUCAUAGAACUGGAUUUUCCAUGACGUCUACCUCUCAAACCUGUAUUCAGUGGCGUACGCAUUUUACUCGUAAACAAUGAAUGAAAGAAAUACAUUUAAGAUUAAAUAAAAUAAGUAAAUGCGAAUACCUUUCAGUAUAUUUGGAGCAGCAA